AUGCACUCGCCCCCUGCCAUGGGUGCUCUACUGGCUGCUCUCCUCCACGGAGUCUCGGCGCAAGGCCUCCUCGGACAGGUCAACUCACCCGCCUGGAAGGCGUUCAAUUCCACGGUCGGCGGCCGACUGGCCCUCGGGAUUCCUUGGCCCAAGCCAUGCUUCAGUGUCUAUAAUAACGCCUCUGUCACUCCUGAUCCCGACCAAUGCGCAUUCGUUCAACAAAACUACUUCAAUGUCCAUAAGCCUCGAGCCGACGCUUUUGGUGGUUAUAGCGCGCUCCAAUUCGAGGCGUGCAUGUCGACUGGCGACGAGUGCAUGCUCGACUGGACGAACCCUACGAACCGUGCUGCCUUCACCCUUCCACAAACAUGCGAUCAAGGAAGCGUACCGCCACUAUACGUCGACGUGAAGGACGAGAAUGAUGUGAUUGCUACCUUGAACUUCGUUCGAAGGGCCGGUGUCAACCUUGUCAUCAAGAAUACUGGACAUGAUUUCAAAGGACGAAGCUCGGCUCCCGACUCUCUAGCCCUCUGGAUGCACCACUUGAAAUCGAUGACUUUCGUUCCCAAAUUUGUACCCGAAAAGUGCACCGCGAGAGGAUAUGGCGUUACGGCUAUCACCAUCGGGGCAGGAGUACAAUUUGACGAACUUUACAGGUUCGCCGACAGCCACGGUGUUGAGAUCGUGGGCGGCUCCGACGAAACAGUCGGUGCUGCCGGUGGAUUCUUGCAGGGUGGAGGUCAUUCGUCGAUUUCACCGUCAGCGGGUAUGGCGGCUGACCGCGUCCUUCAAUACAAGGUCGUGACGCCCGACGGAGUUUACCGUACCGCGAACGCGUACCAAAACUCCGACCUCUUCUUUGCCUUACGCGGUGGAGGAGGCGGAACUUUUGGUAUCGUAAUGGAGGCAACAAUUUUGGCGACGCCCGCCCGUUCAUAUCAAAUUGCCAGCAUUACUUGGCCCAUUAACGACGACAACCUGAGGCAAAUUAUGACCCUGUUUGUCGAUAACGCGACGACUUUUGCAACACAAGGAUGGGGUGGAUAUUUGACACCUUCAACUGGAAGUCUUGUCAUGACGACUCCAAAUCUCAGUCCCGCAAACGCUAAGAAGUCGGCCGAGGCUCUCGUGAAUCUUUCGGCCGCUCUCGGAGGGACCCCCACGGUCACUACUCUCAGUUCCUUCUACCAGUGGUAUUCUCAGUUCGUCGGAAAUAAUCUGGCAGUGAUACAAGAUGCUGUUGGUCUUCCAAAUGCUCUAACCUCGCGUUUGAUUCCCGAGAAGAAUCACCGAACCGCUGCUGGCCGAGCGGAACUUGUUGACGCUAUGAUGAACUCUUUCUCCAACUCCAUAUUUUCGCAAAUCCACUUGACAACGCCUUUCGGCUUUAAAGGCGCAGAUGGUUCCGGAACGAGCGUUAAUCCUGUGUGGCGCAAGUCACUAUAUCAGGUAAUUUUAGUCAAUACAUGGUUCUUUAGCUCGACACUUGCGGAUCGUCAGGGGGCGUAUGCACAGUCGACGAAGGCGGCCAACAUUUUGCGUGACAUCACGCCAGGUUCUGGAGCAUAUCUUAACGAGGCUGACAUUCAUGAACCGAAUUACAAAGUGUCGUUCUAUGGUCCUUAUUAUGAAAAGCUGCUCCAGAUAAAGAACAAAUACGAUCCUAAUCUUAUUCUUGAUUGCUGGCAAUGCGUUGGCUGGAAGGGUCCAACCGCCUCCCAAUACAGAUGUUAUAUCUAA